GUGUGUGUGUGUGUGUGGACAGUGAUGAUUAUAGUCCCGGUUACCGAAAGCUCGGCGAUGCCCGCGGAUGCUUGAAGUAGUGUUUAGUGUUUCCAAGUUAAACCGGAAGUUGUUCAUUGACACACAGUGCUUCUCUUUAAUGUGUGUCUCUAUGAUGGAAUUCUGUGCGGCGCGUGCCGGAGUUUCAUCUGAGCACUUCCGGAGAGAAACAUGACAUCACUCUGACAUCACUCUGAUGUCAUGAUGAGUUCGUACACACGCGGUGCCCCCACAGUGUUCUUCAUAAGUGCCGUGUGUGUGUUGGUGCGGAGCGACUGGGAGCCCAGCGGUGGUCAAGUGCCCUUUGUUGGAGGACGCUACUCCGGACACCCCAUGCUGUAUUUUGGGCGGGAGGCGGUGCCGGAGCUGCGGGGGGCGGCGCUGAGCACUCACGCUGAGCUGGCUCAGCGCGUAUGGCGUGCCGGUGAGGACAUGCUCGCAAACCCCACCCAGUUCCUCCCACCGCGAGACCCUGAAGAGUUCUCCGCCCGCUGGAAUGAAAUCUACGGGAAUAACCUGAGUGUGUUAGCACUUUUCUGUCUGCUCUACCCACAACGCACUGGGGCACUCAGUCUGGCCCGCGAGUACAUGGACCGGAUGGCCGCUCAGCCCAGCUGGUUGGUGAAGGACGCUCCAUGGGACGAGGUUCCGAUGGCUCACUCUCUGGUGGGUUUUGCAACAGCGUAUGACUUCCUGUUUGAGUUCCUGAGUGAGGUGGAGCAGGAGCGUUACCUCCAGGUGCUGGGAAACGCCUCUCUCUACAUGUACGAUAAAUCACUGCAGAGGGGGUGGAGCUUCCAGUUCCUCCACAACCACCAACCAACCAACUGUGUCGCCUUGCUGACCGCCUCCCUUAUCCUGCUGAACCAUGGCUGUCUACAGGAGGCCUAUGUGUUUGUCCAGCAGGUGAUGGUGAUCAUGGAGAAGGCUCUGGUCAUUCUGCGGUCUGUAGUUGACGGUUCUCUGUAUGAAGGCGUUGCGUACGGAAGCUACAGCACACGCUCGUUAUUCCAGUACAUCUUCCUGCUGCAGAGACACUUCAACAUCUCACACUUCACACACCCAUGGCUCCUCAAACACUUCGACUUCCUCUACAGGACACUGCUGCCAGGUUUCCAGAGGAACGUCGCCAUCGGUGAUUCCAACUACAACUGGUUUUACGGACCGGAGAGUCAGUUGGUGUUCCUUGACCGCUAUGUCAUGAGGAAUGGCCAGGCUAACUUUCUGGCUGAACAGAUACGACACCACCGCGUGCAGGACGGACCGGGGCAGCCAUCACGUGGGCAGAAGUGGUGUACAUUGCACACAGAGUUAAUCUGGUAUGAUGCCAGUCUCAAAGCAACGCCCCCUCCAGAUUUUGGAGUGCCACGUCUGCACUAUUUUGAGGACUGGGGCGUGGUGACAUAUGGAGGUGGUCAGCCUGCAGGGACGAAUCGUUCCUUUCUGUCGUUUAAGUCAGGGAAAUUAGGAGGCCGCGCCAUCUUUGACAUCGUGCACCAGAGGCGUUACAGUGAGUGGAUCCGCGGCUGGAAGAACUUCAAUGCUGGACAUGAGCAUCCUGACCAGAACUCAUUCACCUUCACACCCAAUGGUUUUCCCUUCAUCACCGAGGCGUUGUACGGCCCCAAGUACACGCUUCUCAACAACGCCGUUCUGUUUGCUCCCUCCAUUGACCAUACCUGCUUCUCACCCUGGGAAGGUCAGGUGACUGAGGCGUGUGACUCCAAGUGGUCGAAGUAUAAGUACGGUGCUGCAGCAGACUGCGAGGGUCGUGUGGAGGCAGCACUGGAGCGCCACGGUAUCGUGUACAUCCGCGGUGAGGGACGGGCAGCGUACAGCUCAGCACUGAAGAUCAAGAACCUGCAGAGGAACCUCAUCCUUCUCCAGCCUGACCUCCUGCUGCUCUUGGACCACGUGCACCUGGAUGCCGAAAGCCCCGCCCACAGCAUCAGUGCCUUCUUCCACAACACGGACUUCCCCUUCCAGCACACUGGGGCAAGAGACGGCGUCCAUGGUGCCUUUAUCAAGCAUGGACAGGACGAGUACAGCAUGCUGUGGAGGGACGACACGGGCUACAGCGGGAAAGCCGAUACAGCGUACUGGACGUACCCACACGGUUACCCCUACAACGGCUCUCACUAUGUCAAUGUGACCAUGUCGCUACGCUUCCCGCACACUCGCAUCGCCUACUUGUUUUUCGGCCCAGAUGUCAAAGUUCUCAGCUUCACUCUGCGUGGAGACUCGGAGAGGAUCGACGUCCACCUGACCACAGGAGACCACACCUUCACCAUUCACAUACUGACAUCAGAAAACCCCAGCAAACCCGUGUUCGCCAUGGUGCUGAUGGACAAGCUGGAGAAGGUGGUGUUUGAGCGGGCGGCGGCAGUGCAGGAGCGCCCCCUGGAGCAGGUAAAGGACUACGUUAACCUGGUGGAGCAAAACCUCCGGCACAUCAAACCGAUCUUCCAGCAGCUAGAGCGCCGCGUGAAGACACGCAUCCUCAAUGCUGAGGGGUUCCACAGAAUCAGAGGACGACUGAAGAAGAACUUGGAAAAGAGGAGGAAGAUGAAGAAGAAGGUGGCAGCAGCUGUGGAGAAGAUGUUCUCAGUGAAUAAGAAGCUGGGGAAGGUGAAGGGGUCGAAGCAGGCCACUGGAAAUCACGUGAAUGAAGCUAGAGCGCAGCAGCAGGGGGCAGUGAGGCUAGAGGGCAACAGUGAGGAUGUGCAAAGGGGCAAGAAGGCCAAGGUCAUUAAAGGACAUGAGUUUAAAGAAGUCCACACUACAGUGGCUGUGAGUGGGACCGAAGUGACCAUUUCUGUCUCCUACAUACGUGUGUUCCUGGUUCUGAACAUUGGAGCCUUCUUCCUGCUGCUGGCGGUUCUGCUCACACAGCUGCAUCGAGCUCCGAGUCUCCACACGCAGCGCUGCAUCUACUGCGUGCUCCUGCUGGACAGCUUCAUCCUGCUCGGCCUCUACUCAUCCUGCUCACACGGACACUGCUGAUGUCAUCACCAGAGGAUUUCUCUGAUAGUGAUGACAUCAUCGAUGUGGGGUGUUUCUGACAGUAAUGACAUCAUCACUCUGGGGUGUUUCUGACUGUAGUGACAUCAUCACUCUGGAUCAGUUGUAUCCAGUGUGUUACCCCGUGUGUAAAUGUACAUUAAUUAUUGUGUGUGUGUGUGUUUGUUUUGGGGCGUUAUUUUGUAAUCUUUGCAAUUAAAAAAAGCAGAUGUA